UGUGUGUCAUGGCGGCGCCCUGUGCCGUGGACAUGAAGUUGCUGAUAUUCCGCGGAAUCCGCAGGUUUUUACCGGAGAGUGGCUCCGCGCUCGGAUCUCCGUUCGUGUGGAAGUUGGGUACGGGAGCAGGACGGCAGACGGUGAGACGAACUCAUCAACAGCUAUGGGCCAGCAACGCCGUCCGGGGCCGAGUCUCGGUGGAUCAGGGCAGCAGCAGAAAGCUUGAAAUCUCCACAGGGAAGCUUGCCAGGUUUGCAGAUGGAUGUGCUUUGGUUCAGUUAGGAGAGACAUCAGUGAUGGUUACAGCUGUCAGCAAAACAAAGCCUACUGCAUCUCAGUUUAUGCCGUUGGUGGUUGAUUACCGUCAGAAAGCUGCUGCUGCCGGGAGAAUACCAACAACCUAUUUACGUAGAGAAAUGGGCUACACGGAUAAUGAGAUUUUGACUAGCAGAAUAAUUGACCGUUCAAUCAGACCACUAUUUCCUUCAGGCUAUUUUUAUGACACGCAGAUUGUUUGUAAUCUCAUCGCAGUGGAUGGUGUCAAUGACCCUGAUGUACUUGCAAUAAAUGGAGCCUCUGCAGCCUUGGCAUUGUCUGACAUACCAUGGAAUGGCCCUAUAGGUGCUGUAAGGGUUGGCCUUGUCGAUGGAGAAGUUGUGAUUAACCCAACUCGAAAAGAGAUGGCUUUAAGUACUUUAAACAUGGUACUCGCUGGGGGACCUCAGAACCGAAUUGUCAUGAUGGAUGCAGCAGCAGAGAAUGUAUUGCAACAGGAUUUCUGUCACGCUGUCAAAAUGGGCGUCAAACACACGCAACAAAUCAUAUUGGCCAUUCAACAGCUAGCUAAACAACACGGAAAUCCCAAAAGGACACCUCAAAAGAUAUUUGCCCCUCCUGCAGAAAUAGUGGAAUAUGCAAGGCAACUUGCUUCUGAGAAGGUCCAAGGUGUAUUUUCAGAUUUCACUCAUGAUAAAGUUUCAAGAGAUGAUGCCAUUAAUAAAAUCCGACUUGAGACAGAGGAACAGUUAAGAGAUAAAUUUUCUGAAGCUGAAUCAUUUGAAAUAAUGGAAGCAUUUAAUGUAGUUUCUAAAGACGUUUUUCGAAAUAUUGUUAUGAAUGAAUAUGUAAGAUGUGAUGGUCGAGACUUGAGAUCUCUUAGAAACAUAAAUUGCGAAGUUGACAUGUAUAAGCCUCUUCAUGGAUCUGCACUGUUUCAAAGGGGACAGACACAGGUUCUUUGUACAGUAGCCUUUGAUUCCAUAGAAUCAAGUAUAAAAACAGAUCUUAUCACCACUCUUAUAAGUGGAGUGAAGGAAAAAAAUUUCAUGCUGCACUAUGAGUUUCCGCCAUAUGCAACAAAUGAAAUCGGGAAAAUAAUUGGUCAGAAUAGGAGGGAAUUAGGCCAUGGUGCUCUUGCAGAAAAAGCAUUGAAACCUGUGGUUCCUAAAGAAUUUCCAUUUACAAUAAGAGUAACUGCAGAAGUAUUGGAAUCUAAUGGUUCAUCUUCUAUGGCAUCUGUAUGUGCAGGAAGUAUGGCUUUGAUGGAUGCAGGUGUUCCAAUUUCCGCUCCUGUGGCGGGUGUAGCUGUUGGCCUCAUCACAAAGAACAAUCCAGAAAAGCCUGCUGAAAUCGAAGAUUACCGUCUCCUGACUGAUAUUUUGGGUAUUGAAGAUUAUAAUGGAGAUAUGGACUUUAAGAUGGCAGGAACAAGCAAAGGAAUAACAGCUUUACAGGCAGACAUUAAAAUAGAAGGACUGCCAUUGAAAAUUAUAAUGGAAGCUGUCCAGCAAGCUUCAGUUGCCAAGAAGGAGAUCUUGACCUUAAUGAAUAAAGCAAUUCCUAAACCCAGAGAAAAAAGGAAAGAAAAUGGACCUGUUCUAGAAACUGUAGUGGUGCCAGUGUCUAAAAGAGCUAGGUUUGUUGGUCCAGGUGGUUACAACCUAAGGAAACUUCAGGCUGAAACUGGGGUAACAAUAUCUCAGGUCGAUGAAGAAACAUUCUCAGUAUUUGCUCCAACUCCAAGUGCUAUGCAUGAAGCUACUGAGUUCAUAAGUGAGCUCUGCAAGGAUGAUCAAGAACAACAACUUGAGUUUGGUGCUGUUUACACUGCCACUAUAACUGAAAUACGGGAUAUUGGAGUUAUGGUGAAGCUUUAUCCCAAUAUGACUGCGGUUUUACUGCAUAAUUCACAACUUGAUCACAGAAGGAUAAAACAUCCAAGUGCCAUUGGACUGGAAGUUGGACAACAGAUUCAGGUGAAGUAUUUUGGUCGUGAUCCCACAGAUGGAAGGAUGAGGCUUUCUCGCAAAGUGCUGCAGUCUCCAGUUGCAACGGUAGUCAAGAACUUGAGUGACAAAAAUAGUAUUGUGAUGGGAGCAAGAGAGUCUUCAGCUUCUAGUGCUUCCUCUUGACCACAUUGAUACUGUCAGAAGCAACAGUAACAAUUUACAUGAAGUUUGAAGAACUCCUCAAACUAAACAUUUAUUUUAACAUAGGAUGAAAAUUUGUAAUACAAGUUUUCUAUACAUACUAUAUAAAUUUGUUUUAUGUGUACUUUUCCUCAAUUAGUAUAGUAAUUGUGACAUUGGCGAUUACAAUGUUUGUUUUUUUGUGUAAUAAAAUAUUGAUACAAGAAAGAUUAAACUACUUAGUAUACUAGUCAUUUCAAAAUAUUGAGUAAAUAAAUUGAGUUGAAAUGGAAGCAUUACUUAUAAUUGAAAACUUAUUGGGGACUGGGAUUCUUCCCAGAAUCUUUUAACUAAUUCUGCCAGCCAAUGCCCAAAUUGGUAUGGUGAUCUUAGCUGGGCAAGCAGAGGCAUCUGCAAUAAUACCAUGAUUUUUAGCUAACUGAAAAAUAGCAGUUCUGAGGAUGGGUCACCGGACCCAAAACAUUAACUCUGUUUUCUCCUUCGUAGAUGCUGCCAGACCUGCUGAGCUUUUCCAGCAACUUUGUUUUUGCUCCUGAAAAACAGCAGUACCUUUUUCACAUGUGGGGAAGGGAAAGGAAGGGUUAGGGGAAAGGAGUUCAAAGUAUCUGAGCUCUGGAUCGACCAGCCUAAGCUCUGAGGUUGCAUUAGUGAGGAAACUUUUGCUGGUAUAGAUUUCACUCAUUUGGUUUAGAGCUUCUUAAAUGUGAUGAUAAGCUUCCACAUUUGUCCAAAGGAAACAACUCGCCAAUGGGGCUUCUUACCCUACCAUUUUUCCAGCCAGCUUGACCCAAACAGUUCCUGGAUCAGCUGUUGACCCAUCAGAGUUCCUGCUAACUUGCUUGUUUGAUUGCUCCACAUCUGCUAUUUCCAACCUGCCCAUUCCAAGUUCUUGUGAUAAUGGGAACUGCAGAUGCUGGAGAAUCCAAGAUAACAAAGUAUGGAGCUGGAUGAACACAGCAGGCCAAGCAGCAUCUCAGGAGCACAAAAGCUGACGUUUCGGGCCUAGACCCUUCAUAGAGGGGGAUGGGGAGAGGGAACUGGAAUAAAUAGGGAGGGGGAGGUGGACCAAAGAUGGAAAGAAAACAAGAUAGGUAGAGAGGAGAGUAUAGGUAGGGAGGGGAUAGGUCAGUCCAGGGAAGAUGGACAGGUCAAGGAGGUGGGAUGAGGUGGUAGGUAGGAAAUGGAGGUGCGGCUUGAGGUGGGAGGAAAGGAUGGGUGAGAGGAAGAACAGGUUAGGGAAGCAGAGACAGGCUGGGCUGGUUUUGGGAUGCAGUGGGGGGAGGGGAAGAACUGGGCUGGUUUUGGGAUGCAGUAGAGGAAGGGAGAUUUUGAAGCUGGUGAAGUCCACGUUGAUACCAUUGGGCUGCAGGGUUCCCAAGCGGAGUAUGAGUUGCUGUUCCAAGUUCUUGUUGUCUGUUUGUUUUAAUCCUUCUCAGCAAGCUGAGAUAUGAAAGGAGAAAGUGCAAGACUGAAUAGUGAGAAUUUAAGGGAGAGUGAGAAAAUAAACCAGAGCAAGCAAGCGAUAUUGAAGUGGUUAAAGCUAAUUUACAGAACUGAGGUGAAAAGAGGCCAAGGGUUAAAAUUCUUUCUGCUCAAUCAACAAUAUGUUGAUCUACAGGAUUAGAUUAUAGUCUAAUGAUAUAAUCAUAACUUAGCUGUGAACUUCAACUUCUUGUGCUGCUUACCUUACAAUGUGGAAUUAUUAAGCAUUUUAAGCUAAUGCUCAUGAGCAUUAGUAUGAAUUACUGAACUAGCACCUAAAUGCAGACUACCUAACUGAUUUAAUUGUAUUGUUACUGACCACUUUAGGGCAGCAAAUAUGAUAUCACAGUUUGACCCUAGGAGUUUUCAGUUUUGGUGCAGGGGUUGAAUAUGAAUUAUAUUCCACUAUAUUUUGGGGCUCACAGCUGAAUGGAAAGUUUUUCUGUAUGUGGUAGAUGUAGAUCACUUGUUGCUUUCAAAGGAGAAUUGGAUAAAUACUGGAUAAAAAAUUAUCAGUAUUUGAGGAAAGAACAGAUUAAUGAGACUAUCUGGAUUGCUGUUAUGAAGAACUGGUGCAGAUUUGAUGGGUGGAAUGACCUCCUGUGAUUGAUUCUUUUUCUGAAACCGGUCAAUGGAAUAAAUGUCUUUGGAAAAAUCAAAGAAAAACUGAAACCAUUCGUGGCUGGAAGACAAAAGGAUAGGCGGACUUUAUCUUUCUGUCAGGCAACGGAGUCUAAAUACCAGCUCUUUUGUCAAUUUUCUUAAACCUAUGCCACCUAUGAACUCUACAUGAUUUUAAACAGCUGUAUCUCCUCUUAUAAGUCUCUGCUCUGAGAAGAAAAUGUAGCUUUGACAGUCUAUACUUCUAACUGAUAUUCUCCUUCCUUCGAAUCUGAGCUGUAUGGUCUCCAAAGCCUCUGUGUCCCUCCAAGUGUGGUGCCCAGAAUUAACACAAUACUUCAGUGAGGGACAAAUUAAGGCCAUAUUAAAACUCAGUGUAACUUUCUCAUUUUUGUAAAAUCCAAAAGAACUGUGAAUGCUGAAAAUGAGAAACAAAAACAGAAGUUGCUGGAAAAGCUCAGCAGGUCCGGCAGCAUCUAGGAAAAGAAAUCAGUUGACCUGCCACACCUGCUGAGCUUUUCCAGCAACUUUGUUUUUGUUUCUCAUUUUUUGUACACUUCUGUAUAAAUUUUGCUAAAUUGUUCUGCCACCUUCAAUAAUUUUUGUACAAACAUAUUAAGGUGUCAAUGUUCUUGCAUCCCCUUUAAAAUUGUGCCAUUUAUGGUGGCUUAUGUUGUCUCGCUACACUCAAAAAUUUUAAGGCAAGCCAUAUCCUUCAUAAAUUUCCUCAAGCCUAGAGUAUCUUUUGAAUCUUUUCACCAUUUCAGUGCUUCAGAAAUAUUGUAUUUAAAUAUAUUUUGACGGAACACCACUGUUUUUAUUUCCUGGUACCCGCAUACAAAUCUUAUGAUGAUUUAUUUUUAAGGUAAUCAAUGAAUAACUUUUAGAAAGAUAAAAAAGUGAUAAUAUUUUAUUUGUCAAGUACAGGGAAGUACUAAGGUUUUUUAACUUUAAAAGAAGGAUAAUGUUUGUUAUGCAACGUCUAUACAUGUUACACAUCUAUUAUGCAUACUACACCAAAGCGUUCAGUAACAUACAUGCACUCAGGAAGCUGUUGUGGUUACAAAAGUUUCAUGCUUUCACGUUUUACGAUUUCAAGAGUUCUUCAUUAGACUUGUGCUUUUCUAGGAUGAAAAUUUGAAAUGAUGUGAGAUGUGUGAUCUGUAAAUGUUAAUGUUUUAAAAUACUUCUACAUUUUAAAUUUGAAUUAGUGCCAUGUAGGUUUGGUCUGUGUCCAUGAAGGCACUUAAUCAUUAACUUGUAAACAUUUCUAUUGCCCUCAUGAUUUGUUUUAAAACGUAGUAUUAGAGAGACUUCCUGGGGAAUAAAUGAGUUUUAUUUUAAUAUGCUCAAGCUGUGAGCAAGCAAACUAAUGAACCACAUUAGACUUUGGAAGGUCCCAGAGUUAUGGAGUUUUUUUUGGUCUUAGGGGCGACACCUGUAGUUUGGGAAACCUUUUAUUUUUGCAUUUCAGUUUGCAAAAGCCUUGGCUAGACCUGGAUGUGUAAACCAGUUGCUCCUGAAGACAAAAGAUAACAUAGAACUUAAGAAAUUCAUUACUUCAGUGUACGGAGUUUAGUUUGGAAGCUCGACACCCAAAAUGGUUGGUUAAACUAUAAAAGGAUUAUUUGAAAUUGAGGAAAUCCAACUUAAGAUCCUGAAGUCAGUUCAUUUAUGUCCUAUAGAGAAGGUAAUUCUCUGUUAUGUUGAGUACUGUGAAGGAGUGCUGCAAGGAUUAAUAGGAUUGUAUUAAACCACAUGUCUAAUAAUCUUUAAAUGCUGUAUCUUAUAUGUAAAUAAUUUGGUGUAUUCUGUAUUUUCUUCAUUCCUUUUGCAUAAUAAACU